CCAGGCGCCCGAGCCCCCGCCGCCGCCGAGCCUGGAAGCGGGAGCGGGAGCGGGGCUCCCGGAGGCGCUGGCGGAGCCCGAGCGCGACGGCCCCAGGGAGGAGGACGAGCCGAAGCUGGCGGCCGGCCCGCAGUUGGAGCAGACAGCCAGGCUGCCCAGAAGACUGUUUGGUGGGACUCCUGCACUGAGGUGGAAACCCAGCACAGCCUACCCUUUCUCCCCUCUAGACCCCUGAUUCACAAGGCGGCCCACCCAACCCUCAGAUCCCUGGGUUUGGCAAAUCCUGCAGAUAGUGAGCAGUAGAAGGACUUCCAAAACUUCCAGCUUGCCACCAGGAAGAAGGUCACUUUCUUUUGAGCAAAGGAGAUAAUGAGGGGUACCCUGCCUGUGUCCACUGAGAGGCCCGGGUGGCAUGAGCCACAGUUGCUCUGGGAGGGUUGUGGCACCUGGGGCUGGGUGGCUCACCCUAAGCUUGCUCUGACAAAAGAGUUUUGAGUUGGUCUUUUGGCUGAGCCUGCCAAGGAAGGCAGGCUCCUGCAGGAGUCUUGGAGGGUCGGAUGCAGCGCCGGAUGAGGAUGAGGCGUGGCAGAAGAUGCGUUUGGCUCUGCAGACACUGCAUCGGGCAGCAGGGGACUCUGGGAGGCUGGUGCAGCCAGAAGGCAUGGCUCUUGACAGCCUUCUAGUAGAAUCUCUGGAAUUGUGCAUGACAGAAGAGGAAAGAAACUAACGGGUAUUGAGCACCUACUGUGUGCCAGGCCCAGGCCAGCUUGUACAACCAGAGAGAAUUCUCCACAAACUGGCUUAAGGGUAUGAAACAAUUGUCCUACCUCCUCGAUGGACCUGAGCCAACAGCCUGAGUGGGAGUUUGGGUGAAAGCUCCAGGACACUGAGGUAAGGUUCCCCCCACCUCCAGCCAGUCUGUGCAGACUUGCUGCCUGCUGUGUCAUCGAGAACGUAAAGGCUGGGAAGAAGGCCCUUCCCAAAACGGACUGGUGUUGCAGGGUGAGAAGCUGCCCCCUGACUUCAUGCCAAAGCUCGUCAAGAAUCUCCUAGGCGAGAUGCCUCUGUGGGUCUGCCAGAGUUGCCGAAAGAGCAUGGAGGAAGAUGAAAGGCAGACAGGUCGAGAACAUGCAGUGGCGAUCUCCUUGUCACACACAUCCUGCAAAUCACAGUCUUGUGGGGGUGACUCUCAUUCCUCUUCGUCAUCCUCUUCAUCGUCCUCAUCCUCGUCCUCCUCCUGCCAUGGGAACUCAGGAGACUGGGAUCCCAGCUCAUUCCUGUCAGCACAUAAGCUCUCAGGCCUCUGGAACUCCCCGCACUCCAGUGGGGCCGUGCCGGGCAGCUCACUCGGGAGUCCUCCUACCAUCCCCGGUGAGGUUUUCUCCAUCUCGGAGCACCACCGGCACUCAGACCUCACUGCUCCACCUAACAGCCCCACUGGCCACCACCCACAGCCAGUGUCACUGAUCCCAUCUCACCCCGGAUCCUUUGGCUCACCACCCCACCCACACCUGCUGCCCCCUUCCCCAGCAGCACCUUUCCCUGCCCAGGCUUCAGAAUGCCCUGUUGCUGCUGCUGCUGCCCCCAACACCCCGGGGGCCUGUCAGAGCCCCCACCUGCCCUCCACCAGCAUGUCACUCCUGAAGAUGCCUCCGCCAUUCUCGGGGUGCAGCCACCCCUGUAGUGGGCACUGCAGUGGGCAUUGUGGCAGUCCUCUCCUCCCACCACCGAGCUCUCAGCAGCUCCCUAGCACUCACAGCAGGGACCCCGGGUGCAAGGGGCACAAGUUUACACACAGUGGCCUGGCCUGUCAACUGCCCCAGCCAUGCGAGGCAGAUGAGGGGCUGGGCGAGGAAGAGGACAGCAGCUCAGAGCGUAGCUCCUGCACCUCAUCCUCCAUCCACCAGAGAGAUGGGAAGUUCUGUGACUGCUGCUACUGUGAGUUCUUCGGUCACAAUGCGCCACCCGCCGCCCCGACGAGUCGGAAUUAUACCGAGAUCCGAGAGAAGCUUCGCUCGAGGCUGACCAGGCGGAAAGAGGAGCUGCCCAUGAAGGGGGGCACCCUGGGCGGGAUCCCUGGGGAGCCCGCCGUGGACCACCGAGAUGUGGAUGAACUGCUGGAAUUCAUCAACAGCACGGAACCCAAAGUCCCCAACAGCGCCAGGGCUGCCAAGCGGGCCCGGCACAAGCUGAAAAAGAAGGAAAAGGAGAAGGCCCAGUUGGCAGCAGAAGCGCUAAAGCAGGUGGAUCGUAGUGUUUCUGGAAGCCAGGAGCCAAGGCCUGCCAGGGAGAGGCUCUUGGAGUGGCCUGACCGGGAGCUGGAUCGGGUCAACAGCUUCCUGAGCAGCCGUCUGCAGGAGAUCAAGAACACUGUCAAAGACUCCAUCCGUGCCAGCUUCAGUGUGUGUGAGCUCAGCAUGGACAGCAAUGGCUUCUCUAAGGAGGGGGCUGCUCAGCCAGAGCCCCCGAAUCUACCCUCCUCAAACCUCAAUGGCUCCUCAGAGCAACGGCCUGACAUCAACCUUGACCUGUCCCCUUUGACUCUGGGCUCCCCUCAGAACCACACGUUACAAGCUCCAGGCGAGCCAGCCCCACCAUGGGCAGAAAUGAGAGUCCCUCACCCACCAUGGACCAAGGUGAGGGGCCCCCCUCCUGGAAUCAUCCCUGAGAAUGGGCUGGUGAGGAGACUCAACACGGUGCCCAACCUGUCCCGAGUGAUCUGGGUCAAGACACCCAAGCCAGGCAACCCUAGCUCUGAGGAACCAAGCCCAAAGGAGGUCCCCAGUUUCAAGCAGGAGCUGCCUGAGCCUGUGGCCUCAGGUGGGAAGCCACGGAAGGGCAAGAGACAGGGCAGUCAGGCCAAGAAGAGUGAGGCGAGCCCAGCCCCUCAGUCCCCAGCCAGCCUCGAGGCUCCCAGUGCCAAGGGCCAGACCCCCAGCCCCAAACAGCCAGGCAAGGCCCCAGAGCCUCCCAAAGUGAGCAGCUGUGCUGAGGCUGGAGAGGGGAGCCAGGGGAGCUGGCCAGGCCCAGGUUGGGCUGGCAGCCCCAAAGCUGACAAGGAGAAGGGCAGCUCCUGGCGAAACUGGCCAGGUGAGGCCAAGGCACGGCCUCUGGAGCAGGAGUCUGUGCAGCCCCCAGGCCCAGCAAGGCCACAGAGCUUGCCACAGGGCAAGGGCCGGAGCCGCCGGAGCCGCAACAAGCAAGAGAAGUCGGCCUCCUCCUUGGACGAUGUGUUCCUGCCCAAGGACAUGGAUGGGGUGGAGAUGGAUGAGACUGACCGGGAGGUGGAGUACUUCAAGAGCCCCUGCUGCGUCGAGCAUCUUGAGGGUGUCCUGCGGUCCCGACUGCCAGCUGAAGGUCUGCAGUUUCUUCCUCCACAUCCCCACCCACCUGCCCAAGAUCCUCCCUGCUCCCCACCAUCCUGGACCAACCAAAAGCUGAAUGGAUGCCGUGCCAUGCUGGGGCCCCUCAGGACCCUGUGCAGAGCCGCCUCCUGGUGCUACGCAGCCUCCACACUCAGAGCCUGGGGGCUGGGCUGGCCUGUGGGCCGGGGGCUGUUGGUACUGCUGGCCCAACACUGCUCUCUUUGUGUUUGGUUUUUUGUUUUUGUUUUUCAAUUCUUUACUUUUGAUACUGUGAAGAUCUUUCAUGCCGAAAGAUAAAGCGACUUUUGGACACAGA